CCCCCACCAUUUCAUUCAAGCUGUCCAAAAUUUCACAAACCAUUCCAUUAAUAUUUCUUAAGUUGUUGUUGUUCUUCUCCUCCUCCUUUCAUAUUAGCUCCUAUCCAUGCUUCCUCUUUUGACAUUUUUCCUUCUACUCCUUCACCAUGGCCUUGAGAGCUUCCAACUUAGUAAAUUUCUUUCUUUGGCUGUCCAUUCUCUUGUUUUUGCUUCAUGAAUUCCACAAUCUCAAGUUCAGAAUCUACAACAAACAAGUCAUCCUCGUUUCGCAUUCCUCGCUCUCCCUUCGCCCUCUGAUCAACAGAAAAGUUCUUGCGAGCAAAUUUGACUUCAAGCCAUUCCAGCAUCAACAAGACCACCAACGUUCGCAGAAGCAAGUACCAUCUGCUGACCCUGCCGGGACUGAGAUCGAUCCCCGUUAUGGUGUCGAAAAGCGCCUUGUGCCCACCGGUCCCAACCCUUUGCACCAUUGAUAUAUACAUGUAUAAUUCAUCAUCAUGAAAAAAGAGAAAAAAGGAGCAGCGGUUAGUGAUCAGAUCGAUCUAGAGCUAGCUAUUAUGCAUCAUCAGUAUUACUAGCAAAUCUAUGAUGAUUCUUCCUCUUUCUUCCUGAUUUUUUUUUCCUCCUAGUUAUUUGCCUGAAAAAGGAAAAAAAAAACAUAUAUAUUCUCA